AUGCUGGACCUCGCCAAGGAGGCAAAAGCCCAGAAACGCAAAAUCGAGUAUAGACUCAAUACAAGCCACCACCGCGGCCGGCUUGGAGCACUGUUCUACCGAGCCUUGCAGCCCGACCUUGCGCGUAUAGCAGCGCAUCUCCAACAGCUUCCCGAGACUCCCAACGAAUACCUGGACAUGAUGCAAGAGGUGUCCGGGGCAAAGGAACCACCUAUCGGCGAGUCUACCGCAAAGGCCCGUAAGUCCCAAGGGGUCAAGCAUACGACGCUCGAGGCACUCGAAUGGACAAUCACCUCCUUCUUUGACAAUGGGCAGGAGCAGGCAGCUCUCCGUACCUUUGCGCUCUUCUGGGGUGCCUUUACGAGUGAGACAAAGAUCUAUAGAACGGAGCCCGUCCCUGAAUAUAUGACAAAGGAGGAAUCGGAAAAGAAAGCCAUGAGCGAUUGGGAGUCUAAGAGGGCUUAUUUGGCGGCAACGUUGGUCCUCGUGCUUGCGUGUCCAGCAGGCAAGGCAGACUUGUACAACGCCUUCGCAUUCCUCACAGACAGCCUUGAGACCAAGCAAAGCCUUGACGAGAUCGAGCACAACAUCCAGACCAAGAACCUGGUGGACUUGACCAAGCGCUUCAACGUAGCCAAAUCCGCCGCCAUCAACGGCAAAGUCGGCAAGGUGACUGUCCUGGGUGUGAACAUCAAAGACGUCCACAUGACCCGUUGGGCCCAUGGCAAGACUGGAGAUGGCAUGCACGGGGGUGAGUUGUUUUCGAGCUUCCAACACCCGUUUGUCAUUGCAGUCGGGCGUGAAGGCUGGCGGCUCUACCAGGGCUACGGCGGCUCCGAGAACGGUAUGUCACUUGACGAGUGGAUCAUGCUGGGAGGGACGAGGGUUCGCGGCUGGGACGAGGCGAAGAAGUGGCUGCGGCUCUUUGAGCGCUUCGUCAAGAAGUCUGGAACAUGGACCGAGGAGAUCAACGGCUGGUACAACGAUCUCUUCCUGAUCGAUCUCGAGGUGUGUGCUCAUCUCAAGGAGACCGAGCGCGCCGUCAACCUCGUUGGGAAGGUCGAAGAUUUCCAGCCCUAUGUUCAAGUUCACGAGCUCGGGGAUGUCCAGCUUGGGGACCUCACGAAGUUCGAGUUCAUCGACGAAGACCCGCCGGCGUGGGAAGAUCUGGAUUGGUCGGAUCCUCAGGAUCCUCAGGAUCCUCAGGAUCAAGAUGGCCAAUGUGAUUCGGACGUUCAUGUCUCCUGUAAAUGCAACUUCAAGGUGGAGAUCCCAAUUCCCGCUGAAUUGAAGGCCCAGGUGGAUAAGGAAGAGGGCAGACUGUCCCCUGGCUUGCAGGGCAUAAUGGAUGGAUGUCGAGAACGAUACACUUCAAAAUACAUUGUUCCUGGCCAGACUGCAUCCCGGGCACAGAACGAGCGAGCCGACAAUGCUGAGGCAGAGGGUGGAGAUGACCAGCACUCUGAAGCGUCGACCGUUAUUCUAACUGGCGGAGAGGAAGACGUUGCGCAGAAGCCCAAGCAGAAGUCCACCAAGAAGAAGAAGAACAAAGGUGGGAAGAAGGCUGCUGCAAAGAAGGCGGCCCAGCUGCGCCGAAGGCAGGAAAAGGCUGCAAAGGAUGGAGCAAACGAGAAGCCUGCCAAAGAGGAUGGACAAUCUCCUGAGGAUGAGAAACCCCAUGGGUCGACUGCUAAACGCGACGAUUCCAUCCACGCAAAGGAUUCAGGCGCCAUGGGCAACAAGUGUUCGCCUAGCAUGCCUAAGUCGGAGGCUCCUGAGCAGUCCCAGCUCUCUCCUGCCAUCACUAAAGAGUCCGUUUCCUCUACGCAGUCAAAGGUAUCUGGGCAGAUGAAAGCCUCUGAUCAGCCUGCUGUCGAACAGCCCAAAGCCUCUGAGCAACCUGAAGCCUCUGCACAGUCUGCGGCCACUGAACAGUCCAGCCCCUCGAAGUAUUCCAAGCCCUCUAGGUUGUCCCGGUCUAUCAAACGCAAGCUCGGCGGGUCUCCCCAUCCUGAGGAAGGCGAUGCUAUCGUCGAGGAGCAGCCAGAGGUCAUUGAACAACCCAAGUUCACCAAGCAGACGGCAGAACAACGCAAGGAGACCGCUGUCUCAGGCUUCCCAACAGCGGCUUCUGACUUUUUGUUCAGCUUUAGAUCCCAGGUUGCUGGAGAGACCAAGUUCCCCGAACAGCCGGAGGUCUCUCAGCAGCCAGAGUCUCCCGAGCAGCCCAAGUAUUCGAUCUCAGAGCAGAAAGCAACACAGAAGGAGGACUCUGAAGAGACUACCACUUCUAAGCAGCCUCAGACUAUUGAACAGCUCAAGUCAAUUGAGACGAAGAGUGACAAACAGCCUCAAUCUAUCCCACAGCUGAAGGCUCCUGAACGGCCCAAGACUCCUGAACAGCCAAAGCACACUGAGAAGUCCGAGAGCCCAGAACAUCCUAUAUUCUCCAAGAAGGCUUUGGCUCAAAAGGAAGCCACGGUGUAUUCCAAGAAGACCGACGCAAAUACCAUCAAGCCCGAGGACAUUCAAGAAGAGCCCAAGGCAGUCCAGCAGUCUGAAGUCACUCCACAGCUCAAAACUCCUGAGAACCCCAAGGCGAGCUCGCGAUCAGAAGUAUCUCGACAGUCAAAAGCCACUCAAGGUUCUCUGUCUCCCAAAGAGACCACGGAUCAGCCAGAGGCCUCGGAAAAGCCCGCGGUCGCCAAUCGGCCUACGGUCAAGCAGCAUUCCAAGACGGUUCUAUCGACUAUCAAACAGUCUGAAGUCACUCAACAGCUAAAGACUCCUGAGCAGUCAAAUGUCGUUGAACAGCCCAAGCAGACUCUGACUCAACCAAAACAGUCGGAGAAAGCUACGGCCACUAAGCAGCCUGCGGUCAAGCAACAACCCAAGACGGUGGCACAAAAGACCACACAGCCUGAAGUCACUCAACAGCUAAAGACCCCUGAACAGCCCAAGCAGGCCGUGACCCAUCAAAAAGCCUCUGAGAAGCCUGCGACUAACAAACAGAUCACGGAGCAGCUCAAGGUCAACGAACCAAAAACAGCGCAGAAGCCUCCAGCUGUAGUCGCCGAGCAGUCAAAGACACCUGGACAGUCUCAAGCCACGAACCGGCCUGCCAUCACCGGACUGACUAUGGUACAGCCUAAUACCACUGAGCCGUCCACAACCAACGAGCCAUCCAAGGUCAUUGGAAAGCCUAGAGACGCCGAGCAGCCGAAGAUCCCAAAACAGCCCAAGGCCAUGGAGCUCAGACAGCAGCUCACCGCGUAUACUAUGCAGCGCCGUAACUCCAAAGGAAAAGCCAAGCUGGAAAGCAUUCACGAAAUGUCCAUCUGGCAUCCGAAUAUCGAGAACGAAGCUGGCCCCGACAUGCCCUCUACUCUCCGCGAGCUUGUCAUGAGCUCAUGGCCAGAUACACCCGGCAAUCUCCCCUCUCAGCGCCCAAUCGGUUACGAACGGUCUCUUCGCAGCGCGGCAAACGUCGCUGCUGCUAAUGCUGCCCAUCGUGCUACCGGCACCGACCCAAACCAGGAAGACCGCCGCUCUGCGCUCCUCCACUCCUUUGCCCUCUCAAACCCCUGGGAAGACGUGCUCAACAAAUACCGCGGCUCGCUGUAUCUGCGUCCAGAAGAACUAGCCUUGCGUUCCGAACUCGCAAACCUGCACUCCACCGUCGCCCUAGAGGAUUGGCGCACCUCAGCGAACAACCCCUGGCCACACAUCACCGGUCGAGCCGCCACCCCAGCUGGAGCUGAUCCUAAGACCCAAUCUGCGGCAUGGAACGAGAACCUCGACGCCUUUCGAGCGGGCUUGCGGCCCAAAUGGACCUUCCGGCGCUCCGACUCCAUUCCCAACGUCCCCGUCGACGCCACCAAGAUCGGUUUCGCGCAUACCGAUCUCGCGCGCCCGAAGCCCUGGGAAGCAGCCGCGCAGAGCUUUAGGGUCCAGACAGCUCGUCCCCAGUAUCCCUCGCACCAGUCGCGGUACCUUGACCCCAACGCCGUCCCCUUCGACUACCUCAACCCGUCGCGCUCCGCUGUGUCUGCCAUGCACGCUGGAGUCCGACGCACUGGUGCAAGCGACGUCUACGCGCGGACUUCCGACGGCAUCGCAGUCCCGGACAACCGGUAUCUAGCCUGGGGAUCUGAGAUCAGCGAGUUCAGCAUGGCUGUUAAUGGGCGUCGUGCUCGGCGCACCGCGGACCGUGGUCCUUCGGCUCAUGAGCUGCAACGGUUUCGGGCGCGUCUGAAGCCGAAUCUUGGGGCUGGGGGGUUCCGGUUUGAUUCUCGGUAA